UUUGGAAAAGGACGCUUCCAGUAGAUACUUGUGAUUGUCAUGUGUGUGGGGGAAAUACCGUGUUGCGGUCGGUGUUUGCUACUGACAGUUGGAGGGAAGGGGUGAAUGUGUCAGUGGUGUGAAUUACUACUGGUGUUUGUAGACUGAAAUGAUAUUUUAAGUUACUUGUGAAGCAUAAUGGCCUUAUCCUUUAAAAAUAUCGCCUUGCUUUCGUUCUGUCUUCUGGCAACAGCAGCCUGUUUUGCGGCGUUUGUUGUGUUUCUAAUGAAUCCGUAUCGGAAUUAUGAAGCAUCUGUUUGGGGACUAUUUUCAGGUGUUUGUGCAGCCUUUGUUCUUCAUUUGGAUUACCUGCACGCAAGAGGAAGACUUUCGUUAUGGCAUUCAAUUGAGACAUUAAACAGGAUAUGUGAUUUUGGUUUUGUGGCCACAGUUUUGGGCGCAGCAGGCUUUGUGUGGUACAUUUUUCUCACGCUGUACUACAAAACAACUGUGUUUCCUGUUGGAAAGAGUACAAUAAUACCAGCUGUUUGGACUAUGAUGACUGUUAAGUGGGGAGCUGCUAUAAUGGUCAUUUGCACAAAAUACAGGAAAUACCUGAGAUCAUUGGAGUUGCUGCGUGAUGAUCCACAGUAGCAUGAUAAAAUUUAUUUAGCCAAUGCAUUUCAUUGCAUGUGUAUUGGACAUGGGAGCAGUGUGAUAUGUUUUAUCCCUAAACCACAACUUGAGGGUACUUCAUAUGUACAGGGAAGAGUAAUAUUGAUAUUAAUGAUGGAAAAGAUACUGUGAAAAGCUCUGAAGUAUUGAACUGUGAAUGUGUUUAAAAAUAUAUUUUUAUGAGAGGGAGGUAAGAAAAUAUGCCCUGUGAGUUCCAACUCUAAUCUUUGCAGUUUAAAGGAACAUUCAGUUGUGAUUUUUUUAUUUUUCUUUUUAUAGAUGUUUUUACAUGUUGUGAAAGUGUGUGUUUUCAAAAUUAUUCACUGACGCUUUGAUGUGUGCUUUUGAUAUCCUUACAGAAUUUUUUAAAUAAAUAUUUUAGUAGAA